AUGAACCAGGGGAUCCUCGCUCUGGUCACGUCCACUGGCUGCGCAGCUGCAAGUGCCCUGCAGUCGCUGACGGAUGCGAUGCACAUCCCCCACCUCUUCAUCCAGAGGAAUGGGGACGGUGCGCCCCGGGCGGCCUGCCAGCUCAACCCCAGCCCAGAAGGAGAGAGCUACACCUUGGCUGCCCGUCCACCUGUUCGCAUCAACGAUGUCCUGCUCACCCUCAUCUCAGAGCUACACUGGCAGAAGUUCAUCAUCUUUUAUGAGAGCGACUACGACAUCCGGGGUUUGCAAACCUUUAUGGAUCAGGGGUCUCGGCUGGGUCUGGAUGUGUCUUUGCAGAGAGUGGACCACAACGUCAGCCGAGUCUUCACUGACCUCUUCAACACGAUGCGCACUGAGGAGCUCAACCGGUACCGGGACACUCUGCGGCGGGCCGUGCUGCUCAUGAGUCCUCGUGGUGCGCAGGUGUUCAUCCACCAGGCCGUGGAAACCAACCUGGCAUCCAAGGACAGUCACUGGGUCUAUGCCAAUGAGGAAGUGAGUGAUGCAGACAUCAUGGAGCUGGUUCACAGCUCUCUUGGGAGGAUGACCAUCAUUCGUCAGAUCUUUCCAUUGUGGAGAGACACCAAUGUUCGCUGUAUGAGGAACAACCAUCGCAUCUCGUCCUUGCUCUGUGACCCGCAGGAAGGCUAUCUGCAGUCCCUGGAGGUGUCCAAUCUCUACCUGUAUGACAGUGUUUUGAUGCUAGCCAACGCCUUCUACAGAAAACUGGAGGACAGGAAGUGGCACAGUAUGGCUAGCCUUAACUGCAUGAGGAAGUCCACGAAGCCAUGGAAUGGAGGAUGGUCUAUGUUGGACACUAUCCAAAAGGGACGGAUCAGUGGCCUGACAGGAGUGAUGGACUUCCGCACUGAAGCUUCUAAUUCCCAUGUGCAAUUUGAGAUUCUUGGAACCAGCUACAGUGAGACAUUUGGGAAAGAUGUGAAACGGCUGGCGUCUUGGGACUCUAUUCAUGGUUUGAAUGGAAGCCUGAAGGAGAAUCGGAUCGAGAGCGGGAUGCAGGGAGUGACGCUGAAGAUUGUAACCUUAUUGGAGGAACCUUUUGUGAUGGUGGCAGAGAAUAUUCUGGGCCAACCCAAGAGAUACAAGGGUUUCUCCAUUGACGUCUUGGACGGCCUGGCCGACAUCCUGGGCUUCAAGUACGACAUCUACCAAGUCGGAGAUGGGAAGUACGGCUCAGCACUUCCCAAUGGAUCCUGGAAUGGAAUGAUAGGAGAGCUCAUUGGCAAACGAGCUGACUUGGCCAUAUCAGCCAUCACCAUCACCCCGGAGCGUGAGAGUGUGGUGGAUUUCAGCAAACGCUAUCUGGACUAUUCAGUGGGAAUCCUGAUGCGCAAGUCGGAGGAAAAGAUCAACAUUUUCUCUCUGCUGGCACCAUUUGACUUGGCAGUAUGGGCGUGCAUUGCCGCAGCCAUCCCUGUGGUGGGCAUUAUGAUCUUCCUGCUCAGGCGCAUCCAGGCGGUGCGCUGCCAGAAUAAUGCAGAAGGCCAGCCGCCACCUUCUGUCUCCACUUCACUUCAGAGUGCCAUCUGGAUUGUCUACGGUGCUUUUGUUCAACAAGGCAGUGACUCCAUCCUGGGAUCCGUGGCUCUGCGUAUUGUCAUGGGCACCUGGUGGCUCUUCACUCUCAUCGUCUGUUCGUCCUACACGGCCAACCUGGCGGCCUACCUCACCGUGUCUCGCAUGGACAACGCUGUCCGGUCUUUCCAGGACCUGUCCAAGCAGGUGGACCUUGUUUACGGGACGGUCAGGGACUCGGCCGUGUACGAGUAUUUCCAGGCCAAAGGGACCAACCCUUUGGAGCAAGACAGCACAUUUGCUGAACUCUGGAAGACCAUCAACAAGAACAACGCCUUUGAGAACUCCGUCCACAGCCCAUCAGAGGGAAUCAAGAAGGUAAAACGAGAGUCGUAUGCCUUUCUGUGGGAUAUGGCGGUGGUGGAGUACGCUGCUCUGACAGAUGAUGACUGCACACUGACUGUUGCCGGCAACAGCAUGAGCACCAGAGGCUACGGCAUAGCCCUGCAGCACGGCAGUCCGUACAGAGACCUCUUCUCUCAGAAGGUAUUGGAGCUUCAGGAAAAAGGAGACCUUGACAUCCUGAAGCAGAAGUGGUGGCCGAGGAAAGGCCGCUGCGACCUGCAGAGCCACGCAGACGCCCAGACGGAGGGACGGGCGCUUCGUCUCCACAGCUUUGCAGGCGUCUUCUGCAUCCUGGCUGCCGGGCUGCUGCUGGCCCUCCUGGUGGCGGCACUGGAGACCUGGUGGAACAGCAACCACUGCCGAAGAGAGCAGCCCAAAGAGGACAAAGAGGUGAACCUGGAACAGGUCCACCAUCGUUUGAACAGCCUCCUGGACGAGGACUUGGCCCACAAACAGCUGCCCGGCCAGUCUAUCGAGAUCUCUGCCCUGGACAUUGGCAGCAUGCAGCCCAGCCACUCCCUCGAGGCCCUGUCUGCGCGGGACUACCCAGCUCAUCGGGGGCCGCCGCGGCUCUCUGUGACCACCUUCCUCCAGGAGGGUCGUGGGGCAGGAAGGACACUGGGCGCGGCCACUGGCAGGACCUUGCCCCUGCCCCUCAGCAGUGCCACCAUGCCCUCUAUCCGCUGCAAACACAGGGCGCCCAACGGGGGGCUCUUCCGGCAGAGCCCAGGCAAGACACCCAUGCCAAUGUCCUACCAACCGGUGCCAAGAGGACCCAUCCCAGAAGCCAGUGAGCCCAGCCACGGGACCUCCAUCUGAACACGCCCAACACUCAGACACUCGAGCUCAAGCCGAGAGCAGAGCGCUCGACGGAGUGCUUACCGUGUGCAGAGAUAUAAACGACACACUUAAAAAGGCUUUUUAUUACCAGUGACGAACAGUCAGUGGGACAACAUGUGACAAAACAUUGUCUUUAAUGUACAUAUUUGUAAGUACAAAGAGAGAAAGAAGUAACAUUAAAAAGAGUAUUUUGAAUAUUCUCAACAGUUGAGUUUAAAAAAUAUAAAAGUAUUAAAAAAAUGACUGUUUGAAUGGCUUUGUAAAUUUUGUUCUAAAUCAAUAAAGGUGACAAUACUUUGUGGUUGUUUUCUAAGUGCCAAGUUCAAAGAUGUUUUCUUUCAGAUCAACAUGAACUGAAUGUACUGUGAGAAUUCAUGGAGAAAAAAAAAAGUCAUUCACACUUCAAAAGACAUUGAAAGAUUUGAUUUGUUUCAUAUGAAAAAAAUAAAAAGUAUGAUACAAAAACUGAGAUGUGUGAUUCAGAACAUAUUUGGGAUAUCAUGGUGUCGGUGUGUAUUCGUGACUGGUGUUAACAUUGUGUCUUCGUGAGGAAAAUGAAAGCUUGAAUUAAGGCGUUAUUUUUUUGUUUUCUUGAAAAAAAGAGAUUUUAAAUCGGCAAAACCUGGAUUUGCUAAAUACUGUUUGCAAACCAACAACUGCAUGACCAUGAGGUUGUUGCUCAGCUCACUGCAUUUUCUACAUUUACCCUUUUCUUUUUUCCGGACCAUGUUUAUCACAAGAACACAUGUUUUUCUGUAAAUGACAAUGUUCAAAAAAAAACUUUUGGGUAUCAGUUUUAGGCCUUUACACACCGGGGGAGACACGAGCCUGCGUGGCACCGACUAUGGAGUCUCUGGGACUUUGUACACGAUGGUGGACGACUUGAACAGGUCCGCUCCACACGAAGCGUUUGGUUGAUGCCUUCAUCUCAAGUUGUUUUUGCUUGUGUAAAAGUACUCAUGACAUUACCGAAACAGUGAACUGUAUGAGAGAAAUUGCCCCUGGUGUGUUAAGGCAUAAAAACAGCAUGUAUAUUUUUUAAAUAAAAAUGUUAAAUGAUGA